GCGGACAACAACGGACACGCUCCCGCUCGAGUCUCCGGCUUCCACCGCUCGCCUCGCCGCUGAUCUGACGUCCUCCCCGUCCCCCCCCACUAGCCAAAAAAAUCUACGCUUGUGAUAUUUAUAAUCCCCCCCCCCACACCCACCCCUUGGAGAUUGCACAUUUUUCCCCCUGUUUUGAUCACGCAUGCGUGGGAUUAUAUUUCGCACCGCGUCGACCUGAAAUGACUGCCGCUGGUCGCCGCGUCUAGCCAAUGGUUACUGCGGGGGCUCCUCGCUUGUGGAUUACCCGUCGUCGCCGAGCCAGUCGCAUGGUCGAGCCCGGAGGAGGCCCCGCUCUGCUGGGUGGAUGUGUGUGAGGCACCGCCGGACCGCGAGUGCUGGUGAACACGGUGAUAGUGGUGAUGAUGCUCGGGCUUCGUCGGCAGUGGGCGAACUGAUCUUGGAUGUUCGGGUCACAUCGCCCCCGACACACACACACUCACCUUUUCCUCACACGGAGAAACAUUGAAUUGCUUAAAAACUGGACGCCCCUGGAGCAGUUUAUGACGACCCUGGGAGGAGCGUGAUGAGCGCGCGCUUCCGCUUGCCUGCUGGCAGAUCCUACAAUGUCCGGGCGACGGAGCUGGAGCGAGACAGGCCGCACACACAGGUUGUGUGCAACAUACUGCUGCUGGACAACACUGUCCAGGCGUUCAAAGUCAGCAAGUCGGACCAUGGCCAGCUGCUGCUGGAUGCUGUCUUUAAGCACCUGGAGCUGACGGAGAGGGACUACUUCGGCCUGCACUUGACUGAUGACUCCUCAGAUACACCGCGCUGGCUCGAUCCCAACAAGCCCAUCAGGAAACAGUUAAAAAGAGGCUCUCCCCACAACUUGAGCUUCAGAGUCAAAUUCUUUGUGACAGACCCGGGAAAACUUCAGGAAGAAUACACACGAUAUCAAUAUUUUCUCCAGAUCAAGCAAGAUAUAUUAACUGGAAGAUUGCCCUGUCCACACAACACAGCCGCGCUGCUGGCGUCCUAUGCUGUUCAAUCUGAGAUAGGAGACUACAGUGAAGCGGAGCACAGUUCUGGCUAUCUGUCCGAAUACUGCUUCAUCCCCAACCCCCCACAAGACUUCCACAAAGAGGUCGCCAAACAUCACCAGCAGCACAGCGGUCUAUCUCCUGCCCAGUCAGAGUUUAAUUAUCUGAACACAGCACGCACGCUAGAGCUCUACGGGGUAGAGCUGCACUAUGCAAGGGACCAGAGCAACACAGAGAUUCUCAUCGGGGUGAUGUCCGCUGGCAUCGUGAUUUUCAAGAACAGGGUACGGAUCAACUAUUUCCCAUGGUUGAAAAUAGUGAAAAUCUCCUUCAAGUGCAAACAGUUCUUCGUCCAGCUGAGAAGAGAGGCGACCGAGACCCGUGAGACGCUGCUGGGUUUCAACAUGGUCAACUACCGGGCCUGUAAGAACCUGUGGAAGGCCUGCGUGGAGCACCACACGUUCUUCAGGCUGGAGCGGCCCAUCCCGCCACAGAAGAACUUCUUCGCUCACUACUUCACGCUGGGCUCAAAGUUCAGAUACUGCGGGCGGACAGAGGUGCAGUCUGUGCAGUAUGGGAAGGACAAGGGCAUCAAGGACAGAGUAUUUGCCAGUAGGUCUCCCAGCAAGCCACUGUCCAGAAGGUUGGUGGGCGGAAUGGACUGGGAGUCGGUCAGCAGGAACAGCCUAUCAGAUGAGAGACUGGAAACCCAGAGCCUGCCCACUCGCUCGCCGCCUGGGACGCCCAAUCAAAACUCACUGUUUGUCCAAGAUGGCACUCGGUUACGCCCCUCGUCUGUCGGACACCUGGUGGACCACGUGAUUCACGCCUCACCCAGCCUGCCGGUCUUCUCCUGUAAUCACAAGUCGGCGUCGUCCACGCAGGCCAACAGCAUCAGCCUGGACUCCACACCGUCUCCGGAGGGGCUAGACGGUCUGCCUCCAGCUCUGCCUCCCAAGCAGCUGAGCAGGAAGACCUUGAGCCAGAUCAUCCAGGCCCACUCUCAACAGAGCCUCCUGGACAACCACCUCAACGAGAUGUACGACGUCCCCGUCAACGCUGACAAGACAACGCUGAAUGGAGUCGUCCCUCAUGAUAAUUUGGUCCUAAUCAAGAUGAGACCCGAUGAGCACGGACGAUUCGGCUUCAAUGUGAAGGGUGGAGCUGACCAGAAGAUGCCUAUCAUCGUGUCGAGAGUAGCUCCGGGAACACCAGCGGACCUCUGUGUGCCCCGCCUCAACGAGGGCGACCAGGUGGUCCUGAUCAACGGGCGGGACAUCUCCGACCACACCCACGACCAGGUGGUCAUGUUCAUCAAGGCCAGCUGUGAGAGCCACUCUGGGGAGCUCAUCCUAUUGGUCAGACCAAACUCCAUCUAUGACGUGGUGGAGGAGAAGGCGGAUUCGGAGCCAGAUUUCCAGUACAUCCCUGAGAAGACCCCUCAGGACCCCACCCAGCUCGACCAGCAUGCUCUGAGGGACUCCAUGGUAGCACUGAAGGACGGCCUGAGCGGUGGAGCCAUACUGGCCCAGUUUGAUCAACUGUACAGGAAGAGGCCGGGGAUGACAAUGCUGUGUGCCAAAUUACCUCAGAACGUUUCCAAAAACCGCUACAGAGACAUCUCUCCUUACGAUGCCACCCGGGUCAUUCUGAAAAACGCAGAUGACUACAUCAAUGCAAAUUACAUCAAUAUGGAGAUUCCAGCCUCCAGUUUGAUAAACCGCUACAUAGCAUGCCAGGGCCCACUGCCCAACACCUGCCCUGACUUCUGGCAAAUGACCUGGGAACAAGGCUCAUCCAUGGUGGUCAUGCUGACUACGCAGGUCGAGAGGGGACGGGUAAAGUGUCAUCAGUACUGGCCCAACCCCGACAGCACCACCACCUACGGAAACUUCACAGUCACGUGUCACAACGAGGAGGGCAACUCCGCCUUCCUGGUCCGAGAGAUGACUCUUACCAACACGGAGAGCGAGGAGGAGAGGGAGCUGACUCAGAUCCAGUACCUGGCCUGGCCUGACCACGGCGUCCCCGAUGAUUCCACUGACUUCCUGGACUUCGUGUCGCUGGUGCGGACUAAACGUGCUGGACAGGACCAGCCCAUGGUCGUGCACUGCAGUGCUGGAAUCGGUCGGACGGGGGUUCUCAUCACCAUGGAGACGGCAUUGUGUCUAAUGGAGUGCGGUCAACCAGUGUACCCAGUAGACAUCGUCAGGACUAUGAGAGACCAGAGGGCCAUGAUGAUACAAACACCGAGUCAGUACCGCUUUGUGUGCGAGGCCAUCCUGAAGGUCUACGAGGAAGGUCUGGUCAAACCACUCAUGACCGCCGUCUACCUGCAGAGAGAGAGGGUGACUGACGAGAGGGGGGGGGAGCAGCAGAGAGCGGCGGAGGAGAUGGACGAGACGGCGGCGACGGAGGAGGACGAGGCGGCCGGGGUGGAGCUGCUGGAGGGAGAGCUGGACGAAGAGGACGACGAUGACGAGGAGGUGGAGGUGCUGGACGUGGGUGAAGUGACAGAGGAUGGGGAGGAGGAGGAGGAGGAGGAAGAGGAGGAGGAAUUGGAGGAGCCGAGCGUUGCGAGCGCCACCAGCGUGACCAGCGAGACCAGCGCGAACCCUGACGCCUAUCCUGCUAACCUGUGACGUUCUGACCUCCAGGGGGCGCCAGGGGGUCACCAGGCGUGCAGGUGGUCGGAGUGGAGAACAAAAAGCACUGUUGCACUUUAUGCUGAUUUAAAAUGAACAACAACAACAACAAAAAAAAGGACAAACAAACAAAACGUGAAAAUCAUGGACAUGUUAGAAUUUUUAAAAAAAGAAAUCCAGCUGUGUUGACUAGGUACCAUUAGGGAAUAUUGUCUGUUCAGGGUAUGGAAAAAAAAAAGUAAACAAAGAACGAGAAGGUAAAAGUACGAUAGAGUAAAAUGUGGACGGGGAGUUGCUGUAGUGCCAUAAGUAUGAAGGGGAAGGGCCGCCCCCCCCCCAUGGAUGGAAGCCCCCCCCCCCCUGCCCGUUUCUCCUCUUUCAUUUGUUCCUCAAGGGUCGCCCUGUCCCCUUCUCAGCGAGUCUGCCAGACGGACCUGCCUUUUUUUUUUAGUGUCCUUUUAGCUGAUGAAGAGAUAUACCUUAUCUUUUGUUCUUCAGAAAGAGUAUUUAUUGUGUUUUAGUUUGUGUCAAACCCUGUCCACUGAACAAAAAAAGUUGUAUGUUUUGUUUGUACGAGUCUACGGCUUCACGCUUUUUCCUGAUUAAAUCUUAGGUAGUAAAGUGAUUCCUCUUCUUCUAACUACUUUAUUUUUACUUUUUUUGUGGAGAAAAAACAACAGUGAUUUAAUUUAUUGUACUAUUGUUUUUUUUUUAAGCUUUCUCUGUUCUUAGUUUCGGACGGACCUCGUUUCUCACCUCUCGUGGGGCCGAGUCAGAUCCCUGGUUCGCUUUGUGCUGUGUUUCGAGCGGACUGCCUCGCGUGUGCUCUGAAGUGGCCGGUGUUUGAUGCGGUGAGGAGUAGAGCUGGUUUACAAUCCUCAGGGCCCGUGUCUCCUGGGUGCCUCUGAGCCGGACAUCUUUCAAAUUUUGAGCAUCGAUUGUUUACUUCAUGAUAUCUAAGAUUGAACCUCUUUGGUGUUAACACAAGAUGGUGUCUCCCAGAGAGAGAGGCCCCAGCAGACACGUGGUCGCACUGAGAUACAAUCUAAGCUAUUUUCCUGAUUAAGCUAAGAAACGAUGCUGAGGUCAGUUCUUUCUUCAAAAUCCAUCCCCAGAGUUUUCUUGGUGGAGCUGACAGGGAACUGAUCUCAACCUUUUGUGUGGCAGAACCUGAAACCUUAGCGGCUCCCUCCAUUGGCCUCCCCUUCCUUUUUUUAUUUUUCCACAUUCAGAAACCAUGACUUUUGAAACCUGUAGAGCGGAGCAAACCCACAGACCUGCUCCCGCUGAUGACUCACUGCUCUCUACGAGCCAUUGUCAUUAAACCCAGUGAGACUAACUAUUUGUUUAAUGUCCCAAUGGAGUACAGUUUUUUGCUAGGCUCCACUGGGGGGGGGGGGGGGGGGUGAGGUCAACGUGGCGGAGCUCACAACCGAAUCUGAUCUCAACGUUUGUGUGUGUGUGUGUGUGUGUGUGCCACGGAACAGUGGACGGUUCAAAGAAGCAGCACAAACGGAUCAGUUACCCAGUACUUUGAUUUUAAAUACUGAUCUUUCACAGUGGUACUUCAUCAGUUUCAAGGUACAUGUUGUUUUUAGACGAACGACGUGUUAUGAUUGAUAAGUGACGACUUGUAUUUCUAAUUCACAGAACCCAGCAUCCAGUUGCUCGUUGAGUCUUUUUCUUAAUCGUCUUAGGACGGGUUGAGCUGUCAAUGUGUUUUAACGAGAUGGAUUGGAGUUUGAGCCUCUUGAUAACUGGAGAUAUUUUUUCUUAUCCACUGCUUCAGUUCCUGCUGUCAUUGGCUCCUACAAUGGACUCUGCUGGAAAAACCUACUGCUGUGUGAGUGUGCGCGUGUGUGUGUGUGUGUGUGUGUGUGCGUGUGAGUGCGUAUUCAACCUCUCCCUCUCUUUCUCUGCCAUUCAUGAAAUAUAGUUUAUCCGCUGUCUGGUCUACGCCUGCUUGUUCGUUAACUGGAAUGAAAGGUUGUGCCAUAAAGCCAUAAACCUAAACUAAACCUGAUCUCAAGUUUUUUAAGAGCCUCGGCGAAGAGUCAUAUCUUGUUUGAGCCUAAAUUUCAAAACUGUGCUCGUACCUCCCCCCCUUUUUAAACCAGCUGAGUCCUGCUUCUGCCACAAGUCGAGGUGGGAACAAGAGCAUCUAAAGCUGCUUUCCCUCUAUUUUCAAAAAGAAUCCUCUCCUGUAUUGCGACACUCUCCAAAAAACAAAAACUCCCCCUCGGUCAACAUCAGUCAUUUUUGCACAGCCCACUCAACAUCCACGGUCCAUUCUUCUCAUUGUGUACCGUCCCCCCCCCCCCACGCCCCCCAGAUGCCACUCUCUCUGUUUUUGGAUCAUUAUACACGGAUCCCACUCUCUGCACGGCCUCCAGGCGAGUGACACAUCUGAGCAGAUGAGCACGGGGUACAGUAGAAGCAGUUUCAAGCAGCUCGUCUUCCACAGGAGGACAAGCUGAGGCUAAUGGCUAAAUAACUGGUUCUUCAUCGCAGAUCGCUACGUGCCAGAGCUUUUAAUCGAAAGAACAAAAACAAAAAAAAAACGAUUUGGCCUCUAGUGGCUCAAUUCCAUCAGUUGUUUUUUUUUUGUUGGUACCCGGAGACUGGGCUGAUCGAAUCAGAAUCAAUCCACUCUUCAGUUACAGCUCAGAAGAAUUGGCACCGCAGUGAAAAAGUUCUUAAUGGAUGAGUCGGGGCGGCUAGAUUUUCCAUCUGCACAAAAUGUCCAACAAUGAGGCGUCUGUGUUCAAGGUGUUUGGAUGUUGACUCAUCCUCGGUACUGUCUGUGCGUUUAGGGUACUGAUCAAAUGUAGUUUUGGAGGGUACCGGACACGGGAAGGGCUCGGUUGGGUUAGUUGUAUUUUUGUAAAGAUGAAAAAAACAAACAGUUCUAGUCGGGUAGGGAAAGGACAGCACUUUGUAGGAGGCUAAGUGGCAGGUAGUGCUACUGAAAUAAACCAGAAAAAAUUACAAAAAAGUUGGAGACAUAAAGCAUUGUUAAAAUGAGUUGUUGAUGAGUUUUUUUUUUUCUUUUAAUUUAUCAUUUUUCUUUUGUUUUGAAAAUAAAGACACCUGUAGGGAAGCAGUAAAAGAACUCCUAACUACACAGUGCCACUUGUUAAUUUUGUGUAAAUAAUACUAGAUGUAAAUACAAUGUUGUAUAUGAAAAAAAAAUCUUUAAAAUAAAAGGGAAAAUCAUUUGUGAGCAGAAAGAAUUUUUUUUUUAUUUGAUUUUUGGAUUUUGUUUUUUCUCCCCAUCUCCCUUUUUGAAUGAUUCAAAUGUGACACAAAAUGCUGUGUGUUUGAAGACUGCUAUUUCAAAACAAUCUUCUGUUUUAUUUGAAACAAUCUAUAACAGCGAGUGUAUAUAUAAUGGAACACAGAAUAAUGAGAAAUGUUUUACCGUAUUAUACCUUUGGUUUAACUCCUUACCUGUGUCAUAAAAUCCUUUGUCCUCA